AUGACGGAGGUGCGUAUGCGCCUGCGCCAAAAGGGCCAGCAGUUUCCUACGCAAGACUCUCCACGCCACCUCAAGAAGUCGCGGACACUCUUUGACUGCCCCCAAGUAGAAGCCUUCCUCCUCGCGUUCGGCGACAACGACUACCCCCUCCCCGAAACGGUGCGGGUGCUGGAUGAAAUUGUAACCGACUACAUAAUCGAGUCGUGCCACGAAGCAGCCGCCGUAGCGCACCACGCACGACGAGCAAAGAUCAAGCUGGACGACUUCAAGUUCAUGCUGCGCAGAGACACGGGCAAGCUGGGCCGCGUCAGCGAGAUGCUAGAGACCGACAAGGAGCUGAAGCGAAAGCGAAAGGCAUUCGACACGGACGAGGGGGCGGUGCUGCAGAAGGGCGACGCAAAGGCGGACGAGGACGAGGGACAGAGUGCUGCUGCUGUGAAGCGCGCGAAAGGCGCAGAUGAGGACGGGGAGCGCAAAAAGAAGAAGAAGAAGAAAAAAAAGGACAAGGUCAAGGGUGAGAAGUUCAGGGAUGACGAGAGCGUGCUGUAG